AUGAUGUCUGGGGGUCGCGGAUACGUCGGGUUGAUGGCAGCGGCGGUGAUGGUAUUGGCUGUCACAUACCAUGAUGCCAGCGCCGCCCGCACCACCCGCCAGCUCAGCCCGAGGACGGUGAGGACCAAGUACGGCGCUCUGCGGGGCCUGGUGGUGAACUUGGGAGUGCGUGGACUGGGGAACGCAGAGAUGUUCCUGAGUGUGCCCUACGCCUCGCCGCCGAUCGGCAAUUUACGAUUCAUGCCCCCUGGGUCACCUGUGCCCUGGCGGGACGUGAAGCAGGUGGACCACCCGGGCCCCGUGUGCCCGCAGCGCCUCCCGGACAUCAGGAACGAAACGGAAGCGCUAAGAAACAUGAGUCGAGGACGAUAUCAGUACCUUCGGCGUCUCCUGCCCUACUUGAGGAACCAGAGCGAGGACUGCCUCUACCUCAACAUUUACACGCCGGCCGGAGGUAAAGUCGGUGGAUAG